UGGCCACACAACAAGAUUCGGCGGUGCGAUGCUCUCUACUUUGUAUCAUUCACGUUUGCACGUUUGUUUAUAUCUGCUCAAUGCGGCACAGUAGUUGCGUUGCGCGUGACAUGAACUAUACAAAGUAGACGCAGCAACAACGUAGCCUGGCAACGAAGCGUCAACGAUGGAUCCCGAAUACCUAGCACUAGGCAUUAUGCUGGCGGUCCUCUUCACACAGAGACGAAAAAGAAGAAAAGAUUGUGGACUCGUUCUUGGGUUGCAAGAAGAGGAGAGCUCGGGAUGUCGGUGCUACUUACCGAACUGGAGGAGACUGAUAGGAAAGGGUUCCGUGAGUUCCUGAGGAUGAGCGUCGAGGACUUUCAACUCCUUCUGGGGAAAGUUGAGCCUCUCAUCAAAAAGACGGACACAAAAAUGAGAAAGGCCAUCAGUGCCCGACAGAGAUUGUCCUUAACCCUCAGAUUCCUUGCAACUGGUGAGUCUUUCAGGUCACUGAGCUUCCAGUACAGGAUUGGCAGGUCUACUGUUGGCUUGAUUGUAAUGGAGACCUGCCAAGCAUUGUACAAUGUUUUGAAGGAAGAUCACAUGAAGACACCAACAACUGAGUCAGAGUGGCGAGAGAUAGCGAGCGGAUUCGAAGACAAAUGCCAAUUUCCUCAUUGCUUAGGUGCAAUUGAUGGGAAACACAUCUACAUUCAGCCCCCUGCUAAUUCAGGAAGUUCGUUUUAUAAUUACAAAGGCAGGUUCUCAAUUGUGCUAAUGGCAGUUGUAGAUGCCAACUACAAAUUCAUUUAUGCAAGUGUUGGCACUCAGGGCCGAAUGUCGGACGCAAGUCUGUUUGGACACUCAGAUCUCCGCAGUGCCAUGGACAGAGACCUGUUACAUUUUCCCCGCCCUGAGCCACUUCCCAAUACAGAUUUAAUCAUGCCCUAUAUGUUUGUUGGUGAUGAAGCCUUCCCUCUCCGUUCUGACCUUAUCAAGCCCUAUCCCCACAGAAACCUUGAUCAUGGACAGCGAAUUUUCAAUGAUAGAUUAUGUAGAGCAAGGCGAACUGUGGAAAAUGCAUUUGGCAUAUUGGCAAAUAGAUUACGUGUGUUCCUAACAAAUAUUUCUAUUGAACCAGAUAAGGUAACUUGCAUCACCCUUGCUGCCCUUGCCCUCCACAAUUUCCUGAGGGAAAAAUCAGAGGCCUACGUGCCUCCAGUCUUUGUGGACAGAGAGGACGAGAACCACAGAGUCAUUGCCGGAACAUGGCGAAGAGGUGGAGAUCUUGACUCUGUGGCAUUGAGUAGGGCGCGGAAUGCCACAACCACUGCUAAAGACCAGCGUGACCUGCUGAAGGCAUAUUUUCAAUCCUCUGAAGGAUCCGUUGAUUGACAGGAGGAUAUGAUUUGAAAAUGUUAUGCAUUGAUAUUUAUUUAUUAUCAAUUGGUUUAUACUAUUUAUAAUACACUAUUUAUUUAUUUACGCUAUUAUACUAUUUAUUAGUUAGUUACAACAGUGUUGUUAGUUAGACAGUAAACCAAUAUUUACAGAGUAUUUAUUAUCAUCUUGUUUAUACUAUUUAUUAUAUACUAUA